AUGUCCCGUUUCGAUCCCUUCACGCUCGUCGAUCUCCCUUACCGCAUGGUGCAAAACCAUUCGCUCGAAGCCACACUCUUCCUUCCAACUCAUCUCCUAUCUCGCUCAAAUAACAAGCAGAAAUGUCCAGUUAUGGUCCAUUUCCACGGGGGUGGCUUCAUCCUCGGCCACCGCCGCUACGAACCCUGGCUCGCACAAUGGUUUCUGGACCUCGCACAAGCCCAGGACGCGAUCAUCAUUCGCCCUGAUUAUAGGCUCCUCCCUGAAUCCAGCAUGGACGAUAUCUUCAGCGACGUGGACUAUUUCUGGCGUUGGGUGCAGCGCGAUCUGCUCCGAAUUGUCAAGGAAAAUUCAUGGGGGGUCCUGCCCGACCUCUCUCGGAUCCUGUGCUGCGGGGAGAGUUCUGGGGGCUCUCUGGCGGUGUAUUCGGGCCUCGAGCUAUCUUGCAUUCUAUCGGGCGGGGCUGUCCCGGACCGAGAGGCAGAUGCAGACGGGUACGCGGAUGUUACCAUACAGGCUGUCAUUUCCACAUAUGCGCCACUUACCCUUGAUGUCCCGGAACUCAGGAUCCCGCGCCCAAGGACGAUUAUGGAGCCUCCAGCAGUCGGGCGACAUACGGACGCAGUCGGCCUGCAUGAGGCGAUGCAGGAGAUCCAGAGAGGUAAUAUCACUUCAGCGAUCGUGGCUGGAGCGAACUUAAUCUUCGCACCAGGAAUGACGGUUGCCAUGAGUAUUCAGGCAGCGCUAUCCCCGGAAGGGUCAUCCAAGUCAUUCGAUGCAGCUGCAGACGGCUAUGCUCGUGGCGAAUCCGUGUCUGCCUUAUACAUCAAGCGUCUUGAUGAGGCGGUCCGAGAUGGAAAUCCCAUCCGGGCCAUUCUCCGGGCAUCAUCCAGCAAUUCUGAUGGGAAGACAAUGGGAUUUAGUACCCCAAACCCGGAUUCUCACGAGGCGGCUAUGCGUGAGGCAUAUUCUAUUGCUGGUCUGGACUUUUGUCAAACCGCAAUGGUAGAGGCACACGGUACGGGGACAGCUACGGGUGAUCCAAUUGAGGCGGAGGCAAUUGCUAGAUGUUUCGGCAAGGAAGGAGUAUAUAUAGGCGCGGUGAAACCGAACCUGGGUCAUAGUGAAGGCGCGGCGGCUCUUACGAGUCUCAUCAAGGCGGUGGUCUCGCUUGAGCACCAGACAAUCAUUCCGAAUAUCAAGUUCGAGACCCCCAAUCCAGCGAUCCCAUGGGAAACGGCGAAGCUAGUCGUCCCAGUGAAACCUUGUCCAUGGCCCAGAAAUCGUGCUGAGCGAUUGAGUGUCAACUCGUACGGGAUUGGUGGAUCUAACGUCCAUUUCAUUCUAGACUCAGCUGCCUCGUUUGGAAUAGGAAUACCAAAGUCCAUUCCUCCAGCAGUCAGUGUUCGGGGUCAGAGGAAACAACUACUGGUUUUCUCUGCUGGGCAUCCGGAAUCUGUGAAGACCAUGGUCAGAAACCACCAAGAGUAUUUGUCCAAGUACCCCGAUCGCUUGAGAAAGGUUUCCUAUAAUCUCUCUGAGAGAAGAGAACGCCUGAAAUACAGAGCUUUCUGUGUGUCAAAUGGAAGUGAACCGCUUUCCGAGACUGCACCAUCACCCUGUCGGAAUUUCAACCAGAUUGCGUUUGUGUUUACAGGGCAAGGGGCUCAGUGGAUACAUAUGGGACGUGAUUUGAUGUUGGAGUUUCCAUCUUUCUUGGCGGAUAUUCGAUCCAUGGACAAUGUAUUGAAGAACCUUGAACAUGCCCCAUCUUGGUCUAUUGAAGACGUUCUUUGUCACGCCGAUGAUGGAAGCAUUUUGUCACAACCAGAAUAUUCCCAAACGAUCUGUACCGGUCUCCAAAUCGGACUUGUAGACCUGUUAGAAUCAUGGCACGUCAAGCCAUCGGCUGUUAUCGGUCAUUCCAGUGGCGAAAUAGCUGCUGCCUAUGCGGCUGGGUCUUUGACGAAGACAGAAGCUAUUGUCGUUGCCUUUUACCGCGGUCAUGUCUGUAAGGACCCGUCGCGGAAGGGCGGGAUGGCAGCCAUUGGGUUGGGAAAGGCACAAGUCGCUCGUUUUUUGAUGCCAGGAGUGAAUAUUGCAUGCGAGAACAGUCCAUCCAGUGUCACCUUGGCGGGAAAUGUGGGUACUUUGGAGACGGUGAUGGCCAAUAUCAAGGGGGUGAAUGAGGACACGUUUGUUAGAAGAUUGAAAGUGGAAAUGGCUUAUCAUUCUGACCACAUGCGUAUUGUUGGAGAUAGAUACCAUGACCUGAUAGCUGGCCACCUUGACCCUCGUCCGCCUAGAGUCCCAUUUUAUUCUAGUGCCUAUGGUGGGAAGGUACUUUCGGAGGCAUCUCAAUUUGGCUCGCACUAUUGGCAAGAGAACUUAGAAAAUCCCGUUCUCUUUAACACUGCUGUCAAGUCUCUGGUUUCGACAACACCUCAAUUGGUGCUGCUAGAGGUUGGACCACACUCGACUCUGCGAGGCGCACUGAGCCAAAUCACACAGCAAAUUUCCUCAACAGUGCUUUACGUACCCACCUUGAUUCGUGGCAAGAAUGAUACAGAGUCAUUUCUUUCGACGAUGGGUCAGCUUUUUACAGCUGGUCUGCAUAUCAGAGCCCACUGUGAUCCUAUAGAUGUCAUGGUCUUAUCGGAUCUGCCAACAUACCCAUUCCACUAUGAAAAGAGUUACUGGGUCGAGUCAAGAGUAAUGAGCAACUGGCGAUUCCGCAAGCACCUUCCGCAUGACCUGUUGGGCACUCGGACGCUGGAAGGAACUGAUCUGGUCCCAACUUGGCGAAACAAUCUCCAGCUUUACCAAAUCCCUUGGCUGAGGGACCAUCGGGUUGGGAAGGAUAUUGUAUUCCCAGCUGCCUGUUACGUUGCUUUAGCUGGCGAAGCUGCAUUCCAGCUGACUGACAGCGAUGCACGAGACUAUACUGUGAAGUCAAUGGACCUUCACCAGGCUUUACUUCUUCAGGAAGAAACCGCCACUGAAAUUGUUACUACCCUUCGCCCUCAGCGCUUGACGACAAGUCUAAAUAGCGAGUUCUACGAAUUUUUGAUUGAAUCAUACAAUGGAGAAAUGUGGAAGAAACAUUGCUCUGGGUUAGUCCGAAUCGGUCGUGCAUCUACGCCUCCAGUAGCCUUCCACAGGGCAUCGGAGGCGCUUCCCAGAGACGUCUCAUCAGCUCGAUGGUAUGAGACUGGUGCCCGUGUCGGACUGAAUUACGGCCCCAGUUUUACUGGCCUCCAGAAUAUCACCGCUGGCGUUACCGAAAAGAAAUCUGAGGCCGAUAUCAUUGAUAAACCUGGGACAGAAUCCGAAUCCCUCUACCCUCUCCACCCAAUCACUCUGGAUUUGGCCUUCCAGGCAUUGACAGUAGCGAUCUUUCAGGGUGACUAUCGCACCUUUGACUAUCUACCUCUACCAAAAUUCCUUGGGGAAAUCUACGUCGGCCACGGAGCAGGUAGGAAGAUCCAUAUCUCCUCGAUGAGUGGUCAUAAUUCGUCUGGCGGUCAUUUGUACGGGGUCGGGGAAGACGGUGAUUUGUUACUAUACCUCAAAGACCCAGUGCAUAUACGUCUAGAGAAGGACCACGAUGCCCCAGAGCCAAUGGCGGUUGCCUUGGAGUGGAAACGCGCCUUUUCUUUCCUGGAUAGUGGUGAACUGACGCGACCAAUCUACAAUAUCCGAGAGCAGCUCAUCGUGGGCGAGAGACUGUAUGUUCUCUGCGCACUUGAAUCCAACAUCGCCCUACAGGGUAUCUCAACAACGCAGCCACAUCUGGAGCAGUAUCGGCAGUGGUUAGAAGAUCAAUGUGCUCGCUUAGCAGAACCAGGCUACAUUCUAGUCGAGGAUUCAGUUGACUUAGUCAAAAUGACUUCUCAAAAUCGCCGCGAGAUGAUUCCGAGGGUUCUUGAUCAAUGCAAGGCCAGCGGUUGCGGGGAUAUUGGAUUAGCAAUCUGGAAGGCAUAUGACCAGCUGGUCAAUAUAUUCGAGGGGAAAACGGACUUCCUUGACCUUGUGAUCAACGAUGGCACACUUUCAAAUGUCUACAAUUGGACUAACGACAUGUGGGAUAUCAGCAAAUUCUUCCAGCUCCUCGGCCAUACGCAACCUCAGAUGAAAGUCCUCGAGAUUGGAGCUGGAACGGGUGGGCUGACUGCCAAGGUUCUUGAGCAUCUUCGCUCGACGUAUGGAGAACGGCUAUAUUUGCAAUACACCUUUACGGAUGUAUCCUCUGGGUUUUUUCCGGCUGCAAAGAAAAGAUUCGAAGAAUACCAGGCUAUCGACUAUCAAGUGCUCGAUAUCUCACAGCAUCCUCUGGAACAGGGGUUCCAGCGCGAGGAAUACGACCUUAUAAUUGCUUCAAAUGUUUUACAUGCCACCCCUGUUCUACAUGAUACACUUGUUCAUGUCAGGACUUUACUGAAGCCCCAGGGCCGGCUGUUCUUGCAGGAGCUCUCACCAGUUGGAAACAGCAUGGGGUAUGUCAUGGGUAUCUUCUCGGGCUGGUGGCUCGGGGCAGCAGACGGCCGGGCCAGCAAACCCUUUAUUUCCCCCGAAGAAUGGGAUACAAGACUACGUGCUGCAGGAUUUGACGGUUGUGAGACAGUCAAGUUUGACAAUGAGAAACCCUACCACCUCAAUGCAAACAUCGUGGCCCGGCCAGUAGUAGAAGUUGAGUACUCUCGAACCAUCACUCUCCUGUCGGGACCAUCCGCAAUCCAUCCACUGGCUCUUCAGGUGGAGACACUGCUACAGAAAAAGGGGUACCAAACGAAGCACUGCCAACUGGGGAAUGAGCAGCAAACUCUCCCGGGCCAGGAUUUGAUAUCGUUCCUUGACCUUGACCAGCCCUUCUUGAAAGCCCCAAGUGAAGGGGACUGGCAUCAAUUCCUUGAUAUGAUACAGACUCUGCAACAGGCAUCUAUUCUUUGGUUAUUACCUCUGACCCAUAUGAAGUCGAACGAUCCGCACACGGGACUGAUUCUUGGGGUGGCUCGAACCGUUCGUUCGGAGCUUGCGAUACCUCUCAGCACUCUGGAAAUUGAAUCUCACACCAGUCCAGAAGCAGCAGGCGCAGUCGUUGAUGUCAUCAGAAAAUUGCAACGAUCCAAUCAGGAUGAUGGGGAUCUGGAUCCAGACAUGGAGUAUUGCUGGGUGAAUGGCGCUGUACAUGUUGGACGGUACCACUGGUAUCCAGUCAAGAAGGCUUUGAAAGAGGCGGCAGCUGAGCCUGACACUAAAGUAUUGAGGAUUGGGACCCAUGGACUGCUACAAUCUCUCUAUUGGAGUGGAUGUGCACUGCCUGAGCUUGAAGCAGAUCAAGUGCAGAUUCAAACACAAGCCGUUGGAUUAAACUUCAAAGAUGUGCUUGUUGCCAUGGGCGUGGUUGAUAGUGCCUCGAAGGAUGCUAUCUUUGGCGUCGAGGGGGCUGGAUACGUUAGCAAGGUUGGCACAAACGUUGAACAUCUCGAAGUGGGAGACAGGGUCGUCUAUAUCGGAGCCGCCACGGUUGGUCUGGCGACGGAGAUCCAGAGACAGGGAUGCUUCACUCUGCGGAUACCGGACCACCUCAGCUUUGACGAGGCGGCGACCAUGUCCGCCGCAUAUGUCACGGUACUACUGGGUCUUGUUGAGAAGACACGUCUUGAAAGCGCACAGUCCAUUCUCAUCCAUGCAGCCACUGGAGGUGUUGGUAUUGCAGCAAUCAACGUAGCCCGGUGGAUCGGGCUGGACAUCUACUGCACGGUGGGCAGUGAACGCAAGGCGGAAUUCCUAGUCCAAGAGCAUGGCAUUCCUCGCGAUCGGAUAUUCCAUUCGCGUGAUGCCAGCUUUCGAGAUGAUAUCAUGGCAGCGACGAAUGGCGUAGGCGUGGACUGUGUACUUAAUUCUCUCUCGGGAGAGUUGUUACACGCCUCGUGGGAGUGCGUAGCAGCGUCAGGCUGCAUGGUUGAAAUCGGAAAGAGAGACAUGAUCGGUCGGGGCCAGCUGGCUCUCGAUAGAUUUGAGGAUAACCGCACUUACAUCGGGAUCGACAUGAGCAGAUAUAUCGUCACCAACCCAGCCAAGAUCAUCAAGCUGAUGAACCUAAUGUUGGACCUCUACUCCGACGGUCAUAUUCGGCCCAUAGACCCCAUCACAUUUUACGACGCCAAUGAAGUCCAAGACGCAUUCCGGUACAUGCAACAAGGAUUUCAUAUCGGAAAGGUCGUCAUCAGGUUUCCGAGGGCCCAAGAAGGAGUUCAAUGGAGCUUGGAGACUCCCAAACCGUCAUUUAGGCAAGAUCGAGCUUAUUUCCUCGUUGGUGGAAUGGGAGGGUUGGGACGGGCCAUUGCUACAUGGAUGGUCACUCAUGGCGCCAGGCACCUUAUUUUCCUGUCGCGCUCUGCAGGAAAAUCAGAGAACGACAUGACGUUCAUCCGAGAGCUUGAAGCAAGGGGUUGCGCAGUGCAAGCCUGGGCCGGAGAUGUCGUCGAUUCCGCAACCGUGAAGAACGCCAUCCAGCAGGCGCCAGUGCCGAUUGCCGGUGUCAUGCAAAUGGCCAUGGUGCUCUGCGACGUGGGAAUAUUGGACAUGAGUCUCGAUAACUACCAUACUGCUCUAAGGCCAAAGGUGGAUGGAACCUGGAAUAUCCAUAAUGCAUUGCCAAACGAGGAUCUCGACUUUUUUGUUAUGCUCUCCUCGGUUUGUGGUCAGAUGGGGUACUAUGGGCAGGCCAAUUACGCUGCUGCCAACACCUUCCUCGACACUUUCGCGCAGUACCGACACUCUCAGGGGUUAAAAGCAUCAGUCCAGGAUAUUGGCGCCAUCAAUGAUGUGGGGUUCAUCAGCCAAAAUCCCGCUGUCAAAGCCUCUAUGCAGGCAGGAUCAACACAACUGAUCACCGAGCAAGACUUCCUCGAUACACUGCAGUUGACCAUCGCUAGAUCGUCCAGUGGCCCAGGUUCAUGCCCUGGAAACCCGGAUGAGCCGGAAAAUGGACUUUCCUUCCACAACCCAUGUCAAGUGACCCAAAUGUCAGAGUGUCAGUUGCCCAUAAUGGACCCAGAGAACCACAUUAUCUGGAAGCGCGACCCUCGUAUGGCCAUCUACCGAAACAUUGAGACAACCUCUACAAAAACCGAAACCGCGAACAGCGGAUUUAAAUCAUUCCUCUCGGAUAUCAACGCCGAUCCCGCCUUAUUACAGCAACCUGCGGCCGCAGAAUUUCUGGCCCGGGAGCUCCGAGACCGCGUGGCGGCGUUUUUGAUGCUCCAGGAGGGCGAAGAGCCGUUGGAUCUUGGACUGACGCUCACGGAGGCUGGUGUAGAUUCUCUGGUAGCAAUCGAAGUGCGGAAUUGGUGGAAGCAAAAUCUUGGGGUGGAGAUAUCUGUGCUUGAAUUGAAGAAUGGGGGCAGUAUGCUUGACAUCGGAGGGUUGGCUGCGAAACGGCUCCGAGAGAAAAUGGGUGGUAGUGCAUAG